AUGUAUCGCCAGUUAUUUUUAGCUUUAACACUCGUGAUUACACUUUGCAAAGUGAACGCGCAGGCUGAAUCCGGAUAUAUGAAUGAAAAUAGCAAGCGUGAAGCUCGUUCAAUAGCCCUGGUUGAAGAAAUUAUACAUUCCUUGAUUUCAAAUGGUUUAGGAGGUUUAAAGCCAAUAAUACGUAUGAUAAGGAAUCAAGUUAGAGAAAUUAUACUUGAUCUCUUUUUUCAGUUAAUAAAAUUCUUAAGGUCCAUAUUGCAUGAAUACAAGAUAAUGAUUUUUAAGAGACUUGGAAAUUACACUCUGUCGGACGUAUUUCAUUUCUUAUUUGAUGGCAUCUUUGAAUUUGUUGGUGGAAACGAAAUUGGAGUAUAUUCAGGAGAAGGAAGUUUAGCAGAGGCUUCGAGUAGAGAACAAAAUGCCGAAUAUCCAAAUCCAGUGUUGCUGGAGAGACUUAUUAGAUUAGGAGAAAAAAAGUAA